CACAACUUUCCCUCUCUCACAAUGUCAGCCAAAGACGCCAAAGUCCUCAAGACCGAACCUCUCAAAGAAGAACAAGCAAAAUGGACAAAGCUCGUCCUGACAACAUACACCGAUCCCCUCGGCACAGAACGCACAUGGGAGCAUGCCGAACGCAGGACGCGGCCCACAGGCUCUGAUAUAGACGGUGUGGGCAUUGUGGCUAUUCUUGAGAAACCUACUGGACCUGAAAUCGUCUUGCAGAAACAAUAUAGACCACCUCUCGACAAAAUCGUCAUCGAAGUCCCAGCCGGCCUCGUGGAUGCGGGGGAGAGCGCCGAGCAGGCUGCUGUGAGGGAGUUGAAGGAGGAAACAGGGUAUGUGGGGGUUGUGAGUGAGAGUAGUCCGGUGAUGUAUAAUGAUCCGGGAUUCUGCAACACGAAUCUAAAGAUGAUUCACGUCACGAUCGAUAUGAAUGACAGUAGAAACCAGGAUUUGAAGCCGGAGUUGGAGGAUAGUGAGUUUAUAGAGGUGUUUACGCUGCCGUUGAAAGAGCUUUGGGAGGCGUGUGGGAAGUGGGAGGAAGAGGGGUAUGUUAUUGAUGCGAGGGUUGGGACGUUGGCUGAGGGAAUCGAAGUUGCUAGACAGUGGAAACUGUAG